AUCAAAGUUGGUCUUCGUUCUCCACUUCUGCUUCUGCUUCUGCUUCUAUUUGUUCUUAUAGAAGACCUCAGGAUAGGAGUAACAGAUUCAACAGGAGUCACAUUUUCUGAUAAUCAGUUAAAGAUUGAGGUUGAAUUGGAGUCGAAGGAGGUUGAGGUUAAAUUGGAGUCAAAGAAGGUUGAGGUUGAGUUGGAGUCGAAGGAGGUUGAGGUUGAGUUGGAGUCGAAGAAGGUUGAAGUUGAGUUGGAGUUGAAGGAGAUUGAGGUUGAGUUGGAGUCGAAGGAGAUUGAGGUUAAGUUGGAGUUGUUAGAGUUGAAGGUGUAUUGUUAG